UAGGAUGACCCGGAAGCGAACGCUGCAACUGCCGGUUAAAAUACAAAUUAUGCAGCGCCGCGGUUGUCAUUCACUUCAGCGUGCCUGAUCAGUGUGAUAACAACAUGUUGACCCCACCGAAGGAGGGGAUGCCCAGUAUGAUCGACCGGGCGCUGAGAAUGAGGAGGGAAGAGCAGGCUCGGCAGGUCGUCCUCGCCUGGGCUGUCCUCAACAUGUCCCUCGCUGGCAUGAUUUACACUGAAAUGUCAGGGAAAUUGCUGAGCCGAUACUACAACAUCACCUACUGGCCUAUCUGGUACAUCGAACUGGUGCUAGCCUCUCUCUUCAGCCUCAAUGCUCUUUUUGACUUCUGGAAGUAUUUCAAAUACACAAUGGCUCCUUCCACGAUUGCUGUAUCCCCUGAGCAGCAUCAUCUACUGGGUCUGAGAAACACAAGUAUUCAAGCCUCUCCACCCCAGAAAGCAGAAAAGAAGGAGACUCCAGCUCCAGCCCAGUCGUCUCCACUACAGGGUCAGAGUGUACUGAGCUUCAGUCCUUCUCGACCGGCCACAACCAGCCCCAAGUUCUCCCCCAGCUGUGUGCCGGGGUACAGCCCUCCACUUAGCAACCCGUCCACCCCGAGCAGCGCAGGAGGCCCCUUUUCCUCCCCUUUGGAAAGGUUUGUGUUGAACUACAGCCCUUCUUCUGGCUCUUCUCCGUAUCCAAACAGCAUCGGGUCAGCAGAAGGCUCCAGCUUGAGGGCUCGAUAUCGCACAUCUCCCUCAGUGUUUAACUCUCCCGGUAGCAAAGAGGACUACAUGGAGGAUCUGAAAAGUCUGGAGAGGUUCCUGCGCACAGAGGAGGAGAAGAGUCACCGCAGCCAGUUAGGCAGUCCAGAGUCUGUCUCUCCAAGCCACAGUCCAACAUUUUGGAAUUAUAACCGUUCAGUGGGAGAUUAUGCACAAAGCCUGAGGAAAUUCCUGUACCAGCCUGCAUGUCGCUCUCAGGCCCCAUCUGCCCACAAGGAUGAGACAGACCUGGGAUCCAAACAGGCUGCAGAGGAGGUUUGGGCCAGAAUCACGACCAGUCGCCCGGUGGUGGAUCGCAUCGAUAGCUGGACAGCGAAGCUUAGAAAUUGGAUCAGUGACACCAUCUUGGUCCCGCUGGUCAAAGAAAUGGACUCUGUGAACAGCCAGCUCAGGAGGAUGGGCUGCCCAGAGCUCCAGAUAGGAGAGGCCAGCAUAAGCAGUCUAAAACAGGCAGCAGUGAUGAAAGCCUCUUCGAUCCCCACGAUGAACUCUAUCGUUCAAUAUCUGGACAUCACACCCAAUCAGGAAUAUCUAGUGGAGCGGAUAAAGGAGCUGGCUCAUAGUGGCUGCAUGAGCUCCUUUCGCUGGAACGGUGGUGGUGACCUGAAGAACAGAAAGUGGGAUACCGACCUCCCUACUGACUGUGCUAUCCUCAUGCAUGUGUUCUGCACAUACUUGGACUCCAGGCUGCCACCUCACCCAAAGUAUCCCGAUGGGAAAACUUUCACUGCACAGCAUUUCAGCCACACUCCGGACAAACCGGAUGUUACCAAGGAGAACCUCUUCUGCAUCCACCAAAGCAGCACGACUCCCCCUCACUACCAGCUCAUAUACCAAGGACACAUCUACAGUCUUCCCAAGGGCAGAAACAACCUGUUCCACACAGUCCUCAUGUUCCUUUAUGUCAUUAAGACCAAGGAAUCAGGGAUGCUGGGGAGAGUCAAUCUGGGCCUCUCUGGUGUGAACAUCUUGUGGAUAUUCGAAGACUGAUGAUGGCCUUUUACAGGAAACAAGUGGAUUUUUUUUUUAUCCCUGUGAAGUUUUGAAGCUACACUAAUGGGAAUAUGACCUCAACCUAAGGACUGCUCUUUCAGGUGCACACGGAUGAAAGCACUUCAUUUUGAAGUUUAGAAUAAAUGCACACAUUUGGGCUUGUUCUCAAUUUUACUGUACAAAUUGGCAACCUGCUGCAUUUUAGGAACUUGCUUUUUUUUACACCACAGAGUGCUUAUGACACAACAAAGAGCUGUAUUUUUUUUAAUGUUUCUUGAUUUUUAUAUUUCGGGAAUGUACCAGCAUGGCAGCCUUGUAAAUACUAUACCUCAGAUUUAUCUGGUGGAUGGCACUUAGCCAUUAGCUUGAAUGUAAAUACAGUGUGUAUGGACUUACCGUGUCUUUCUUUGGCAUCAGCAGCCUUUUGCGACUUGGUUGCUGCUAUUUUUCCCUGUUUUGUUGUAGAAAUGAAUGUUUUCAAUAGUAAGGAUGCUCCUGGCAUGUGCUUUAAUUAAAAACAGACCUGUACAAAUUGCUGCAGCACUGAAAUAUAGUAUUUAGGUAUUGGGUAUUUCCUAAUUGUACCUUGUUAUGAGGCUGUAAUGCCAUGCAUAACUAUGUACAAUAGCGAUGAGAUGAUUGGAAAAUAAAUGAAAAGCCUUUGAGUCACCAAUAUCUUUUUUGUGUGUGUGUGAAUAUGCUGUGUUUAUUUACUAAGGAGCACUGAAUGCCAUUUAUCCUUAUUUCCCCUGUCUACUGUUGGUUCUAUUUGCCAUGUUUGCUCGUUUUCAAUAAUGCAUUUUACAGAAGUGACAAGACGUGAAAAUUAAAUUGAGAUAUUGAAAAGAAA